GACCUUUUUUUCCCCAUUAGGUUAGGAUAUAUGGAGGUAUGUUGGGAAGCUAACAGAUGCUCAGAAAAGCAUGCUGGAUGAUAGGUUUAAAUGGAAGGUUCGAGAGAUGGAAAAAUGGAAGGAAGGGAAGCCUAGCGAAGCCAGAGCUGCUUUGAGACGUUCUGUGAGGGAAAUUGGAUUGGAUGUAGCAGAGCAAAGUGGAGAGGUUACACGAUCUGUCUCUGGCCCAGUACUUCCAAGGAAAAACUAUGGGAAUGCUGACAUACAUGUGGAGAGACAACUUACACCCCGUGUUCUUGCUGGUACCAAUGGCCCCACUGAUUGGAAUGAAGCUUUGGAUAUUAUUUCUUCUGGUUCUCCUGAGCAGUCUGUUGAAGGAAUGAAAGUCGUGUGUCAUGAGCUGACACAAGCCACUAAUGAUCUAGAAGGCAGUGCAAUGGAUGAACUUAUUAAAGAUGCAGAUAGACUUGUCUCAUGCCUUGCAAACAAGGUAGCGCUUUACUCUGUCCUUCCCUGUACUUUAGUUUUUGUUUCUGGGUUUUGUUUUUUUUUUUGGCAUUAUUUAGGCUUUGAUUAUGAACUUUUUCCCAUAAAAUAGGUUGCCAAGACCUUUGAUUUCAGCUUGACAGGAGCAUCAUCUAGAUCUUGUAAAUAUGUUCUCAACACCCUCAUGCAGGUAAGUUUGGUUUAUGUUGUUGUUGAAUGUCUUAAUGCUAACACUGUACUCUGUUUUUCCAUUUUUUUUAUAUACCUUACUA